CUGCUGCUGCUUUGCCCAUCGUCAAUCAGACCGAAGGGAGGGGGAGAGAGAGAGAGAGAUUAGGGUUUCGCCGGGAGCAGCGGCAGCGAAGAUGAUCGAGGUGGUGCUGAACGACCGGCUGGGGAAGAAGGUGCGGGUGAAGUGCAACGAGGACGACACCAUCGGCGACCUCAAGAAGCUCGUCGCCGCCCAGACCGGCACCCGCGCCGACAAGAUCCGCAUCCAGAAGUGGUACAACAUCUACAAGGACCACAUCACCCUCAAGGACUACGAGAUCCACGACGGCAUGGGUCUCGAGCUCUACUACAACUGAUCCCGUCCUCCCCCGGCCAGGUCUAGAAACUCACAUGGAAAUCCUUGGAACUGGGGGACCAUGGAUGCCUAAGAGCUGUAGUCUGUUUCCAUAUAUACUGCAUAUGCAUGGACAGUGUAUCUACUGCCGUUAGACUCUUCAAUUUCUGUGACUGUGAAUGUGUGAACUUGGGAGCAAAACUCCUGUUAAUGGAAAACUGGGAACAUAUGGUGCUGCAGUGCAUAUAAAAAAUUGUUCGGUCUACUACA